AUGGCAACAAGCGAAAAGAGUGUUCAGGAAAUUCAAGUGGAAGCACGAUUAAGCGAGGGACAGUCAGAGGGUGGUGGAGAAAGGACAGUAACUGCCACCGACGUAGAGCAAGAAAGGAAUAAAUCGCUGGAAGAAUUUAAGAAGGAACUAAGUGUAAUACAACAACUCACGAGAGAUCUUAAGACAGAAUCAAGGCAAGUAGAAGCAAGCAAGGCCAAAUACGAAGAUGCAUUUCAUAAAUUCGUCAUUAGUCACGAGCGGUAUAUAGAACAAGAGAGUGAUCAAGGGAAACGAAACUUGAUGACGGAUAGUUACAACAACCAGAGAGACCUCAAGCUGCAAAUAGAUUGUGUAAUUAGCAUGUGGGAGAUAAAUAAGGAACGGUUUGCAGCACCACCUUCUGAAUUCAAUCUCAGUGUAGCCUCUCGGAUGAGUAGAAGGAGCAAAGCAUCAUCAAGCCGAAGUAGUGCGAAGGAAAGGAGAAAGGCGAUAGAAGAGGUAAAACUGAAGAUGGAAGCCAUGAAGAAAAAACACGAGUUGGAACGUCAACUCGAAGUGACAGAACAGGCUAAGGUUGAGCUAAAUAGGAAGCUAAAUUUGCUCGCUGCAGAGACAGAACUCAAGCAGGUAGAGAUGGACUUCGUGAUUGAUCAAGUACCUGAAGAUGAAGGAAUGGACGGAAUGAAUGCAUACCUCCAAGAUCACCAGAUGAAGAAAAACGUAACUAAAUCAGAGGUGCUUCCACAAGGUGAGAAUAAUCCCGCUCAUGAAAAUCCAGUCGCUCUUGACCCAUCUACGAAAGAAUUCAUACCCCAACCUCAGCCACAGGAAAUCGUGAUCCCACAAGAACAACAGCUCCAACCGACGCUUGCACAAACUGAAGCAUGGAAUUCUAUUGCACAGGCAAUAAGAGAGGGACCCUCUCUCCCAAAAAUUGAGCUUUUAAAGUUUAGCGGUGACCCAUUGGAAUAUGCGGAGUUCACAUCAAACUUCAAAGACAACAUUGAAGCCCAGGUUCUCGAUGAAGGACAAAGAUUCACUCGUCUAUUGGCACAAUGUGUCGGCAAAGCUAGAGAGGCGAUUCGCAGUUGUGUGAAUCUUGAAGCUGGUACAAGGUACAAAGAAGCUAAAGAGUGCCUUCUGCGCAACUUUGGCAAGUCUCACAUGAUCGUUGAAGCCCACCUAGAGAAGAUAAAAGGACUGCAAAUUAGAAAAGCUGAUGCAAGCGCAUUAAUGGAAUUUGUUCGUCACUUGGAAGAUAGCGAGAGAACUCUGAAGAGCAUGGGUUCCAAUUACUCUAACAGGCUCGAUAACGAGGACAUCAUUAUCAUGUUGAUGAGGAAAUUACCGGAGGAAAACUUGAAGAGAAAAUGGGCUGACAAAGCAGGAGACCUGAUCCAAACAAAGGGCAUCGCACAAUUUAAUGACUUUGUUCAAUUCCUGAAGAGUGUUGCUGAGCGUAGAAAUAAUAGAUAUGGAAGAGAACUCAAGUCAGAGAAAGACGUUAAGAACUAUCAGGGUAAUCUAAAGUCGGGGCAAACAAAGGGAAUCCAUGUGUAUGCAACCCAGAAUGAAGAAAGAGGCAUCCGAAGAGGGAAUAGGACAUGUAAACAAUGUUCUGGUCAACAUGGAAUCUGGAGAUGCUUGGAGUUCAAAGCGUUGUCCUUUAAGGACAAAUUGAAAGUGAUCAAUCAAAAAAAGCUGUGCAGAUUGUGUCUUGGCGAAGGUCACUUCGCUAGAGCAUGUAGGAGUGGUUUUACCUGCCGCAUUCCUGGAUGUGGAAAACCUCACCAUCAACUGAUACAUCCCAACACCGAAGAAGAAAAGGAUCCCCCUAAUAAAGAAGAUGUGACCAAGACCGACCCUGCCAAGAUUGACCAGAAACCCCCAGAGGGCCAAGAUGCCUCCAGACAGAUACAAUCGAGCUCAGCUGCAAACGUCAGCGCGAUUCGAACUAGUCGACCAAGAGUUUGCUUUAAAGUGGUGCCAGUAAAGGUUCGGAGUGUAACAGGUGAUACCGAACUUAUCACGCAUGCAUUCUUAGAUAGUGGUUCAGAUACCACACUCUGCCUGGAGAGUUUGAUCCACCAACUCGGCAUUCAUGACGCCAAGUCAGCAGAAUACACCAUGACGACUGUGAACUCUCAACAAAAGAAAUCUGGAUACGAGAUACAGCUUGAUGUGAAGUCAGUGACCGGCAACGAGACCUUCCGGCUUGAAAGAGUUCUAACCACUGAUCGUUUACCAGUAAAUACAAGUCACAUCGCAACCAAUGAAGAAGUCCGAGAGUGGCCACAUCUCCAAGACGUUACCUUGCCCGAGACAGGAGACAAGCAAGUCACUAUCCUGAUAGGGGGUGAUAGACCGGACAUUAUUGAUAAUUAUCUUGAAAGAAGAGACGGCCAAAGAGGACAACCUUGCGCUGUGAGGACGCCAUUAGGGUGGACGGUUUUCGGUCCGAUUGGUUCGCAAGGAGACGAGAAGGUCUCAAUUAACUAUUCACGUUCUGAAUACGAAGUCCUAGAGCAGAAGUUAGAGCGGAUGUACAACGUGGAAUUCAAUGAUCUGAGUGAUGACGUCGAAGAAAACCCGUCCUUUCAGGAUCGACAAGCACAAGAAAUGAUGGUUGAAACGACAGUUCUGAAAAACGGGCAUUAUCAAGUCGGUCUACCUUUCAAACAUAACACUCCACACUUCACGAAUAGCCUUCCCACAGCAGAAAGAAGAUUAAGUUGCCUGAAAUCAAGGAUGGAAAGAGACGAGAACUUCCGAAAGAAAUACAGUACUGUUAUGAACAAGUACCAAGAAGAAGGAGCGGCUAGAGUAGUCCCCGAAGAAGAGUUAUCAAAGCUACAGCCCUUAUGGUAUUUGCCGCACCAUGCGGUAUGGCAUCCAAGGAAACCGGGAGAGCCUAGAGUGGUUUUCGAUUGCGCGAGCAAAACAGAAGGAACUUCACUGAAUGACGAACUAUUGCGAGGACCAGAGAAUACGAGUACGCUUAUCGGGGUGAUGCUUAGAUUCAGAGUCGAAACUGUGGCGGUAACGGCAGACAUUAAAAGAAUGUUUCACCAAGUUCACGUGAUUCCAGAACAUCGCGGUGCGCUCUGUUUCUUAUGGUGGCCGGAUGGUGACAUCACCAAAGCAGCAAAAACGUACCAAAUGCUAGUACAUCUUUUUGGCGCCAAGUCAUCCCCCAGCGUCGCGGGAUACGCCCUUAGAAGAACCGCCAAAGAUAAUGCUGAAGAUCAUCCCCCUGAAGUGAUUGACGCCGUCCUCCGUGAUUUUUAUGUGGACGACCUCCUGAAGUCGUUUACAACCCCGGACAUAGCGGUAUCAGUAAGCAAGCAACUAGAGAAUCUGUUGGGAAAAGGUGGCUUCGAACUUACCAAGUGGAAUUCGAACUCACGCGAAGUGCUGGAACAAUUCCCACCUGAAUCUCGAGCUCCUGUAGUCAAAGAUUUGAAUUUGGAAUCGGAAGAAGCCUUGCCCGUAGAUCACGCUCUCGGUCUUAGAUGGGACGUUCAAAGGGACACUAUUGUCCUUGUCGCUAGUAACAAGAAGGAGCCUAGCAAUCGGAAAGGUGUUUUAUCAUCGAUAGCAACGAUCUAUGAUCCCUUGGGCUUUGCCAGUCCUCUGAUCUUGCCCGGUAGAGAAAUAAAUCAAGAGUUAUGCAGAUUGAAGCUUGAUUGGAAUUGCGAACUCCCAACGGAACUGCAUAAACGUUGGAUCACGUGGAAAGAAGAUAUGGCGAGUCUCGAUAGAUAUGAGUUGGAACGAUGUUUCAAACCAAAGGAUUUCGGAAAGCUUAGGGAAGUCGAAUUGCAUCACUUCUCGGACGCAUCACAGGAACAUGGAUACGGAACAGUGUCUUAUUUGCGCCUAGUUAACGACGCUGGAAGAGUACAUUGCAGCUUCGUCAUGGGCAAAGCGAAGGUCAAACCCCUAAAGAAGGCAGUCACGGUUCCGAAGUUAGAGCUUACAGCAGCAGCAUUGGCAACGCGAGUAAACAGAAUCAUCGUCAAAGAGUUGAAAGGGCGACUCGACCUUGACAGAGUUCUAUACUGGACGGACUCGAUGAUCGUCCUCAGAUACAUAGCAAACGAGUCCCGACGCUUCGUCACCUUCGUUGCCAACCGCGUCGCAGCCAUCCGCGAAGAGUCUAAGCCAGAACAGUGGCGUCAUGUCAAAUCAGAGCUUAAUCCAGCCGAUUACGCCUCCAGAGGCAUCAGAGCUUCCGAAGAAGAAAAACUGGAGCGAUGGCGACUCGGACCAGAGUUUUUAUGGAAGUCGAAAGAAGAGUGGCCAGUCCAACCUCGCGACCUUGCGGAAAGCCUCGACGCUGACGCCGAAGGAGUGAAGAAGGAAAAGAUCGUUAUUGCGGGAACUGCGAUAUCAGUCGAAUUUUGGAACUCACUGUUUCGUCGAUACUCCUCAUGGGAAAAGCUUAGAAGAACAGUAGCUUGGUUGAUCAGAGUUUGUCGUGUUUGGAGAGCAGUAUCUAAGAAAGAACGCUAUCGGGAUGGUGAGAUCCAGACUAGACCAUUCUUAUCUGUUAAGGAGUUGAAAGAAGCUGAAGAAAAAAUUGUCGAGAAUGUUCAGAAAGAAUCCUUUGACGAAAAGGUGGCAACGAAUAAAAGGAGUGGCCUCGCCAAACUCAAACCAUUUAAAGAAAAAGAUCUAAUACGGUUGGGAGGAAGACUGGAUCGAUCGAAUCUAAGCUAUGAUGCCAAGCACCCGUGUAUACUUCCCAAGAACCACCCAGUUUCAGAGCUGAUCAUAUUGCACUAUCACCGUCUCAACGGUCAUGUAGGAUGUCAUCAAACUUUAGCAAAAACGAGAGAACAUUUCUGGAUAACUAAUGGAGCUUCGUACGUAAAGCGAGUACUCAAGAAUUGCCAAGUAUGCAAACGAGAGAAUGCAAGUGUCGGAGAACAAGUGAUGGCGCCGUUGCCUAGCGUAAGAGUGUCGAAUGACGAUGUCGGCGUCGCUUAUCCGUUCGAAUCGGUGGGUGUAGAUUUCUUCGGCCCAUUGUACGUCAAGCUUGGUCCGAGAACCAGAUCGAAAAAGAGCGAAUCGUUAGGGAAACGUUACGGUUGCAUCUUCACGUGUUUGAAGUAUAGAGCGGUGCACAUCGAAAUAACAGAAGACCUGUCUGCCGAUAGCUUCAUCAACGCUGUCUUGCGCUUCAUUGGUCGAAGAGGAGCCCCACGCAUCAUUUGUAGUGACAACGGCACGAAUUUUAAAGGUGCAGAGAAAGAUCUACUCCAAGCGUUGAAAGAAUGGGACCAACAAAGAAUACAAGGUUCGUUAUCGAGAAGGAAUAUUGAGUGGAAGUUCAACCCUCCCGCUGCGAGCCAUCAGGGAGGUGUUUGGGAACGUCUGAUACGUUCUACUAAGAAGAUCCUCCGUUCAUUGGUUGGAAACCGUGAAUUAAACGAUGAGAGCCUGAGAACGUUUAUGGUAGAAGCAGAGAAAAUAAUGAACGACAGACCUAUUACGCCAGUAUCCAGUGACCCAAAUGAUCUCGAAGCUUUGACGCCAAACCAUAUACUAUUGCUUCGUAAGAAUUCCUCCACGUCAGCGGGAAAGUUUGGAGAUCUAGACGGUUACAACGCAAGAUGGAAAUAUAUUCAGAUGUUAGCCGACAGUUUCUGGAAAAGAUGGGUAAGCGAAUACUUGCCGACCUUACAACAAACUCAGAAAUGGUUACAGAAAACGCCUAAUCAUAAUGUCGGGGACCUAGUGAUGCUGGUGAAUAAAGACGUCCCUCGAGGUCAAUGGCCAAAGGGAUUGAUCACGGAAGUCUUUCCAGACGUCGAUGGAAUUGUGCGACGAGUCACGAUCCGGACAGCAGACGGCAUUUAUCAAAGAGACAUCAGAAAGAUAUGCCUACUAGAGAAGAAACUUCUAGACGAAUAG